AUGUAUCGCCUCUCAACGCUUUCUAAAGUGUCUAGAACACUUAGACCUUCUGUUGUCCCCAAGCUUAAACAAUCAGUUAUCCGCACCUCUGUCGCAUCUUUCCACACUACACGAUCUCGCUAUGCAGCACCCGAAAGCAGCGAUGGUUUCUUACACGGAAGUUCUGCCAACUAUAUUGAGGAAAUGUAUGAAGCUUGGUUGAAAGACCCUUCUUCAGUCCACUUAUCUUGGCAAGUCUAUUUCAAGAACAUGGCUAAUGGCGUCGCUCCCGGUCAAGCCUACACUCCUCCUCCUACUCUUGUUCCUUCUGCUAGUGCCCGUUUGCCUGUCUUGCCCGGUGAUGGCAUCACUGGCGCUGGUUCCUCUGAAGUGAUUGAUCACAUGAAGAUCCAACUCUUGGUUAGAGCUUACCAAGUCCGUGGUCACCACAUUGCCAAUUUGGAUCCCCUCGGUAUUCAACAUGCUGAUCUUGAUGCCACUACUCCUCCCGAGUUAGAAUACAGCUUCUAUGGUUUCAAGGAUAGCGAUCUUGACAGAACUUUCACUAUUGGCCCUGGCAUCUUGCCUGCUUUCACCCGUAAUGGUAGCACUAGCCUCACUCUUCGCGAAAUCAUCAACCAUUUGAAGAAGAUUUAUUGUGGCUCUAUUGGUGUCGAAUACAUCCAUAUCCCUGACCGUGCUCAAUGUGAUUGGAUUCGUGAACGCAUUGAAAAUGCUCAACCAUACAAGUACAGCGUCGAGGAAAAGCGUGUCAUUUUCGACCGUUUGACUUGGUCUGACAGUUUUGAGCGUUUUGUUGCUUCCAAGUACCCCUCUGAGAAGCGUUUUGGUCUUGAAGGUGGUGAAACUUUGAUCCCCGGUAUGAAGGCUAUGAUUGACCGUGCUGUCGAUAAUGGUGUGGAAUCUAUUGUUAUUGGUAUGCCCCAUCGUGGUCGUUUGAACGUUUUGUCCAAUGUCGUCCGCAAGCCUAAUGAAUCCAUUUUCUGUGAAUUCAGUGGUGCCAUCGAACCCUCUGAAGAAGGAUCCGGUGAUGUCAAGUACCAUCUUGGCAUGAACUACGUCCGUCCUACUCCCUCUGGCAAGCGUGUCCACCUUUCUUUGGUUGCUAACCCCUCUCACUUGGAAGCUGUUGACCCUGUCGUUCUCGGUAAGACUCGCGCCCUUCAAUUCUACGGAAAUGAUCCCAACGGAGAAAAGGCCAUGGCUGUCUUGAUUCACGGUGAUGCUGCCUUUGCUGGUCAAGGUGUUGUUUACGAAACUAUGGGUUUCCAUGACCUUCCUUCCUACUCCACUGGUGGUACUAUUCACGUCGUUGUCAACAACCAAAUCGGUUUCACUACCGAUCCCCGUUACGGCCGUUCCACUCCUUACUGUACAGAUAUCGCCAAGUCCAUCAAUGCUCCCGUCUUCCAUGUAAAUGGUGAUGAUGCCGAAGCUGUAACAUAUGUCAUGCAAUUGGCUGCUGACUGGCGUCAAACUUUCCACAGAGAUGUUGUCAUUGACUUGGUCUGCUACCGUAAGCACGGUCACAACGAAACCGAUCAGCCCAUGUUUACCCAACCUCGCAUGUACGAAGCUAUUGGCAAGCAAGUCCCCGUUGCUAAGAAAUACGAAGAGCAAUUGAAGAAGGAAGGAUCUCUUACCGAAGAAGAUAUUCAAGCCAACAAGAAGCGUGUUUGGGACGUACUUGAAGAAAGCUAUGCUCGCAGCAAGGACUACAAGCCCAAGUCAAGCGAAUGGUUGUCCAGCUCAUGGCCUGGAUUCAAGUCACCCAAGGAAUUGGCUGAAGAAAUCUUACCUCACCAUCCUACCGGUGUUCCUCUCGAAACCCUUCAGACUGUUGGAAAGGCCUUGACAACACUUCCUCACAACUUUAACGUUCACCGUAACUUGAAGCGUAUCCUUCAAAACCGUGAAAAGGCAUUGGAAGAAGGUAAAGGUAUUGACUGGGCCACUGCCGAAUCCUUGGCUUGGGGUACUCUUCUUACCGAAGGUAAGCAUGUCCGUGUUUCCGGUCAAGAUGUCGAACGUGGUACCUUCUCCCAACGUCACGCUGUUCUCCACGAUCAAAAGAAUGGCGCUAAGCACACUCUUUUGAACAACAUCAGUCCUGAACAAGGUGUCCUUUCCAUCUCCAACUCUUCCUUGUCCGAAUACGGUGUUCUUGGUUUCGAAUUAGGUUAUUCCCUCGUCAACCCUGAUUCUCUUGUUGUCUGGGAAGCCCAAUUCGGUGACUUUGCCAACACAGCUCAAGUCAUCAUUGACCAAUUCUUGGCCGCUGGUGAACAAAAGUGGCUCCAACGUUCCGGUCUGGUUUUAUCUUUGCCUCACGGUUAUGAUGGUCAAGGUCCUGAACACUCCUCUGCCAGAAUUGAACGUUACCUCCAAUUGUGUGACGACUACCCCUACACUUUCCCAUCUCCUGAGAAGUUGGAAAGACAACACCAAGACUGUAACAUGCAGGUCGUCUAUCCUUCCACUCCUGCCCAAUAUUUCCACGUCUUGCGUCGUCAAAUCUGCCGUCAGUUCCGUAAGCCUUUGAUCUUACCCUUCUCCAAGUCCUUGCUCCGUCACCCUCUCGUUAAAUCUGAUCUUUCUGAACUCACUGGCGAGACUCACUUCCAACUCUACUUGCCUGAAGAGCACCCUGACACACUUGUUGAACCUGAAAAGAUCAGAAAGCACGUCUUGUGUACCGGUCAAGUUUACUAUGCUCUCUUGAAGGCUCGUGAACAAAACAAGAUCAACGAUGUUGCCAUUUCACGUGUUGAACAGUUGAACCCCUUCCCUUACGAACAAGUUAAGCAACAUGCUGAUAAGUAUCCUAAUGCCGAGAUUGUCUGGUGUCAAGAAGAACCUUUGAACAUGGGUGCAUGGCAACACGUCCAACCUCGUAUCGCCACUUCCUUAUCUCAGACUCAACACCAUGCUGGUAAGACACCUGUCUACGUUGGUCGUCCACCUUCCGCCUCUGUUGCCACUGGUAACAAGAAGCAACACGUUCAACAAGAACAAGAACUCUUGAGCAAAGCUUUGGAAAAUUAA